UUGCAUGAGUUUACGUGACAGCUUCCUGUGACCGCCCGUCUCUCUCUGGCACCCCCAAACGCAGGCGGUGAUUGGGCAGUGCAAAUGUCUCAACUCCCCUCGUCCACCGAGCACCGGUUGAGCACAUUCUGUCACUUGCGCUAGCGUUAAAUGGAGGAACGUCCCUGCGAAGGGGCAACCGGAGUAUAUAUCAGUCAUGGAGCAGAGAACGGCCCUGAUCGAUCGAACAUAUCGGUAAACAAUGAUCAGAACCACAGUAAGUUCCAGAACGAGAAAACGCAGACGAAGAAAACAGAAAAUGGCAAAAUAAAUGGAACUCUGAAGGCGGGAGAGGUGACUCCCACUUCCUUUAACCCAGACAGCUCCCUGCACCCUGCGAACAGCAAUGGCGACAGACACCUGCUAGACAUCAACUUGAAACAGAAGCCCACCCGACGGGCCUUUACCACUGACUCAACAGGGGACAGAAAAGGUAGAAACACUAGCAGAAACAGCAUGGACUUCAAAAAUGACAAGUCCUCAGAGUUGAACACACUUGAGGGCAAAAAAGAGGCUUUGGCUACUCUGAAUGGUGUGGUGUCGCUCAACUCUGUACCACUUGCCAAUGGUUACCCUAGCAAAACCGGAGCUGACAAUGAUGGCAGUGGCUCCGAGAGUGGAUACACUACUCCCAAGAAACGCCGGGCCCAGAGGAACGGCAAAGCCGCGGAUAAUGUGACUGCUUCUGUCCAGGGAAAAGCCAUGCAGCAGGGCGGCAAACAAGACCAAGGGCCUGUGGCACCGGACUCAGUCUCUGGCUCUCAGGUGGAGAGUGGCAGUGCCGGUUCAAAAGCCGAGCUGCACCUAAAAGCCAAGGAACCAACUGCCUCCGCCACCCCACCUCCUCUGCCGGUGGCUGAACUUCAGCGCAAGAACUCAGACAGCAAAGUGGCUGGCAAACGGUUUGAGGAUCGCUCCAGCAAGGUUAAGGUGGCUACCUCCACCAAAGAGGACUCCUGGACCUUGUUCAAGCCUCCGCCUGUCUUUCCUGUGGACAAUAGUAGCGCUAAGAUUGUGCCUAAGAUCAGUUAUGCAAGCAAAGUGAAGGAGAACCUCAAUAAGACUGCCCAAGCUAGCGGGGAGGCUCUCACUCCCCAGGUGCCUGGGAGACCGCCACAGGUCCCCAUGUCUGCGGUGAAAACCAUCACCUCGGCUAGCUUUACCAACGGUCCCCUGCCCGGCCCCCAUUUCAGUGCCAGUCCUCUGCAGGUGACCCCAGCUGUUGCCGCUGAGAUUGUAGCAUCUCCCCCUGGUAGCGGCACUUCGGCCAUUGGAAGUUCCACCACAACCUCUGUGGCUGAGCCCAGGAAGCCCAGUCUGUUCGUUUACCCCAUCACCCCCUCCAAUAUGCAACUCUCACUCCCUAGCGGCCGCCAAGCCGAUCCCCCUGCUGCUCCGACAAAUCAGAAGUCUCUGGGGGACAUUUUUCAGAAUCAGUGGGGCUUGUCCUUUAUCAAUGACCCUAGCGCCGGACCAGAGGGCAUGGCGUGCCGCUCCAACGGAAAGGAGGUGCCAGUGGAGGUCAGCUUUCAGGGAGGCUGUCCUGCUACAGUGGCCACUCAGACUUCCAGUACCUCUCAGAGUCCGGAUCAACCACCCUUUCCCAAGGCUCACGAGCCAGAAAAACGGACUAAUGCUCAGAAUUUGAGUCGAGGAGUGAGUGGUGGUGCCACAGCGGCAAGCGGGGCCAUACCCGAGACCUCUGUACUCAGCCUGGAUGCCCAGAGAGAUGAGACGGGGAUUCAUGGUGCAAUAGUGUUUUGUUCUUCCUAUAAGGACAUUUGUGCCGAGCUGCCUCCCACCUCGCCAGCUGCCCCUAAGGUGGCUUCGGCCCAGGACCAGGGCCAUACUAAGGGCUUUGACAGGAGGUCUAGUUGGGGGUCGUUUGAUCUAAAAGCUGCUGUAAUUUAUCACACUAAAGAAAUGGAAUAUAUUUUGAAUUUGCAAAAACAAGAUCCAAAUCGAGUAGUCCUCUACAGUGAGUCAUGGGACGGACCUGCUCAGUGAAGCUGUGUCUGGACACUAUAUCUCAGAUGAACUGCAAAAAGAUGUGCUUGAGGAACAUGUCUGCUGCCUCUAAACAUCCUGAAUCAGAACUAAUCCAAUCUUAAGAUGGUUUAGAAAGGACCUUGUUACCCGUCAGCAGUCAAGUCUGAGCACAGAGGAACAGAGUGCGCUUGAGAAAAUGGGUUAGCUGGUUUUUGAAUAUUAGAAUGGAAGAACGGGAGCUGUGGAACUCAACUCUAAUGCCUCUAGCGGAUAUGUUGCUAAAGACAAUUUCAAUGACUUUGGGGACAUAACUCACACGUCAAACACUCAUGAUAACCCUGUCAUGACAUUUGGUUGGGCGGAAGCUUCUCCUUUAAGUACUCACGGACCUAAAGUGAUCACCAUGUGUCCCUUCUUGAAUUCAAAUAAUCAAGUAGACUCGAAGUGGUCACAUUGAAUUCAUUUGGGCACAGAACCGAAGAGUGGCGCUCUACAGUGAAUUAAGAUACUGUGGCCAGAGGAACUACAUAGCUCUUUUUUUUGGAGAUUCGGGGGAAUCGAACUCCAUUUAUGUGUGGGAGGCAUUAGUUCAGGCCUUUGGGAUUAAAUAAUUGUCUUAAUUUAAUUUCUGGACAAGAGUAGGUCAGUCCUGUUAGUGACGCGUCUCCACUUCGUUUGUUUUUUUUGUAAUUUUUUUUUUUAUUCCUUUUCUUUUUCAUUGAAAUACUUAAAAACUCCAAGGGCAGGUUAUGAGGUACACUCGGAUUGGGAAACCGCACCCCCUGUAGUGUGCAUGUGCAGUAUGCUGCUCUGUGUGUCCUCUUUUGGAAGAGUUCAAAGUGCUAUUGUUCAAUAGUCUUAUUGUCGUCUCUUCACGCUUCUGUCACCUGACAGCCAUUCAAGUCUCUUGCUCGUUGUGUGCGUGUGUAAACGGAGGGCAGAGAUCAUGCUAUGUUCCUUUAUCUUGAGUGUUUUAUGUUUUUAAUUUUUAAGUAGCCGUUAGAACCCAGAACUAAUCAAUAAGAUGUGCCACACCACACAGUUGAUUUAGCUUCAAUGCUAAUAGGUACAUUACGGAGGUUUUAGUUCAUUUUGGUUUUGUUCUGUAGAGCUGCUCUUCGAAAUAGGGUUUUGUUUUUGCCCGGAAAGGCAGUAGCGACUACUUUUGCUUCAUUUGGGACUAGAUCACAAUUUAGAGGGAACCUAGAGAGCAGUCGCUGACGAACGAUCCGGACUUUUUAUUUCACUCAAGAGACUAGAAGCCCCUAGUUUUUUUUUUUUUAUUGAGCACCACAAUCACACUUUUAUGCUUUUUAUUUCUUGAAUGUUUCAUUUGUACCUGGUUUUCCAUGCUUAUUGGUUAAGCGCUUGAUAAAGUACAUAUGAGCUUCAUUGAUAGAACCGCCAUUGACAGGAAUUCUGCCGUUGUGUAAAUGUUUCUCUUUCUAAUGUCAGAAAGUGCAUUCUAAACUUAAAGGCUAUCCUGUUUUAUCAUUUCACAGAUUAAUUGAUUUAUACAUAAGAAUCAGUAGCACUUUAUGUAUUAUGUUCUUGAAUUGUGUUUCCUUAAACAUUGACAUAUCAGUACAUAUUUGAAAUUCUAGUAAUUAAUCAUAGGCUACUAACUUUAACCUCUGCCUAAGGACUGUCGGUCCACAAUCUCAAAAGAAAAUAUAUAUAUACAAAACAAAAUUUUAAAAAAAAAGGUGAAAAAAGAAAGAAAAGAAAAAAGACACUCAGGUAGAAUUAGGGCAGUGUUCUUCUAUCUAACAAAACAAAAAAAGGCACCAACAGUGUUAUUGCCAAAUAUGAAAAGAAUGUCCCAUGUUUGUACCAGCUGUUUUUUUUUAAUUGUAACUUUUUGAGGGAUUUCAUUUUUGACUGAAAGCCAAUGCUUGCAUCUUUAUAGGUAUCAUUUGGCAUCAAUGUUUUCUGUACAUGACAAUGAAACACUGCCAGGUGAAAAAAUGUAAGUACACAUGGAAGAUCUUAACCACACUAUAUCUGUAUGCCUUUCCUUUGCAAGAGUUUUUUUUUUCUUUCAUUUUUUAAAUGCAGCAUGUAAUGGUUUCCAAUGUAGGCAGUCUUCAGAAAACGUGGGAUGUUUCAUGAUUUUUUCUUAAUCUGUUUCUGUUCUUGAAGUACCCGAAGUCUGUUCGAUGUCUUGGUUCAAAAGACACUGCAAAAGCUGUCGAUGAAACAGAUGCAAGGUUGUUAAAUUCUGCUUCAUCUUUUCUAAUUCUGGUUCCACUUAAAAGCUUUGUGCAAGAUAGAGAAAUCCUGCGAUUGAUAAUUAGCUCAUUCCUUGGCUUUUUAGAUGCACAUCUCUUCAUUGCUUCACUUGAGUUUUAUUGUAGUUAUCUAAAUUUUGUCUUUAAACAACUCGCAUAGAGCUGCUUUUUUUUUUUGGAUAUCCAAGGUAUUUGUUUAAGGAGUUAUGAUGUAGGCAUCAUUUAUAGCCUUCUGUUUUUGCAUUGAGUUAAUUAUGAAAUACCUCUGUGAACACACAUUGUCCCGGUAUCCCUAUUUCCCCUUAAAGGGAUCGUUCACAUAAAAAUUAAAAUCCUGUCAUCAUUUACUCAACAUCAUGCCAUUCCAAACCUCUUUCUGUCCCAACAUAUAGUGAAUGUUUCGGACCCCACUGACUAUCACUGUAUAGACUAAAACCGUUUAAACCGGCUUGGAAUAACAUGAGGGUGAGUAAAUAAUGGCAGAAUUCAGAUUUUUAGGUUAACUGUCCCCUUAGCUCAGAUACGUCUUUGUAAACACUGUCAGCAGAAUGAACUGAACCUGGCCUUUGUUUCAAAAACCUCAACUCAAGGGGUCAAAUGCACAUAUAGAGGUUCUAUGCACAGAAUGCAAACAAAACGGAGUUUAUAUUUUGGGGGGGUUGCACAUUAGCUUCAUUUCCUCAUUUUAAAUAAGCACUUACUAACCCACAAAUGAUAUAAUUGCAAUAUAAAUUAUUUCCAUAAAUCGCUCCCCUUUAGUGUUUAGAGCAAUGAGAGCACGCACGGAUGGAGAGAGGUACAGAGAUACUUAAAUGGUGUGUUUGCGAAAUCUGUACCAAGAACAUGCAUAUUCAAAUUUCACGGUUUUCUUGAUGUAUGAAUGAUUCUUGUCCUAGCUGUCCUGACAACUCAACUGGUUUUUUGCGUGUGGGUGCAUAUGUGUGUUCGUGUGCAAGCAUGUGUAUUUGUCUUCAUUCAUACGCUCAAUUAUAUGCAAAGUUAAUAUUGCGAACUUUUCAAUUUCAGGGUGCCUGUGUUAAGCGAUAUAUUAAACGGAAUCACAUCAGAACAUGAAAAACUCUUGCUUUUCCUUUCCCCCUGUCCCUACACCCCCAUUUUCCACCCAACAAUCUUCAGUUGUGCCAUGUUUUGACUGUUAAAAGUUUGAAUUAAUAUUGCAUUUUAUGUUGCUCUCUCUGAAUUUCCUACAGUGGACAUGAAGAGGGGGUUACAUUUUGUCUCAAGAAUCUUUGUCACUGCUAAUAAACUUGUUGAAAAAGA